AUGUCUACUUUUUAUGAUGCUUUGCAUUUUUCUGUUCUGAAAUGGGUUCCUCAGGUUAAUUAUACUAAGUCUAAUUUUCCUUCUUGGUUUUCCAAGGACCUAAUUGACUUAGUUUUCUUAAAGAGAAGAGCCCAUGCUAUCUUUAAGUCUUCUCGUAACCCUCUAGACUAUCGUGAAUUUUCUUUACUUCGUUCUAAAUAUAAACUAAUGUCCAAAAACUGUCAUAAAAAAUUUAUUGAACGUACUGAAUCUCAACUCUGUUCUAAUCCCAAAGUAUUUUGGAAAUUUAUAAAAAAAAAUAAAUCAUGCAAUGACAUAUCUAAAACAGUUUAUUUUAAUGAUAUUACUAGCUCUAAUGAAAAAGAAGUUUCUGAUUUAUUCGCUAAGCAGUUUAGUUCUGUUUACACUGAACACAGUAUUAACCAUUAUUCAACUAUCUCACAUUUAUUUUAUGAUUUACCUAGUAAUUGCUUUUUUGAUUUAUCUUUUAUUGAAUCAGGUUUAUCUAAAUUGAGCGGUGACAAGACAAUUGGUCCUGAUGGACUUUCUGGUGAAUUUCUGUACAUGUUAAAAUCAGUAUUAUCCUACCCAUUGUCACUUUUGUUUCGUAAGUCCUUAGAUGAAGGAAUAUAUCCUGAUAUUUUAAAACUUAGCACCGUUAAACCUAUUUAUAAAUCGGGGGAUAAGUCGAAUGUUGCCAACUAUCGUCCAAUCUCCUUAUUAGGUCAUAUAGCUAAAUUAUUUGACUCAUUAGUCUUAAAAUCAAUUGGUCCUGCAGUCAGUUCAAUCUUAAUCGAUGAACAACACGGUUUCCGUUCUGGCCGGUCAACUAAUACUUGUAACAUUGUUUUUUUCUAA